AUGGAUAAUCCUCAAGAAAUAACUUUAAAUAAUAGUAUUCCCCCCUGUAACCUUGUUUCUAAUAUGAAUACUAUUAUAUCUUUAUUAAGUCUGGAUCUUCAAAAAAAUAUCCAAAUUUCUAUUAAUAUUCUUCGUCAAGCACUAGAUAAAUAUGGCUUUAGUGGUAUUUCUAUUUCAUUUAAUGGUGGAAAAGAUGCACUUGUUAUGUUAAUUUUAUAUUUUUAUACACUUCGUCAAUAUAGUGGUGAAAAUGAAAUAAAAAUGAAGAAAAUACCUGCAAUUUAUAUUCAGAAUCCAUAUCCUUUUUCUGAAAUAGAAUGUUUUGUGAAAAAAUGUUCUGAAAACUAUGUAUUAGAUCUUGUUUAUAAGAAAUCUCCCAUGAAAACUGCAUUAAAAGAAUAUUUAGAUGAACAUUCAGAAAUUAAAGCAAUUCUUGUAGGUUCAAGACGUAAUGAUCCUGGAUGUUCUAUGUUAAAACAUUUUAAUCCAACAGAUUUCGAAUGGCCUUCCUGUAUAAGAGUUCAUCCAAUUAUUGAUUGGUGUUAUUCCAAUAUAUGGGAGUUCCUAAGAGGCCUUAAUAUAGAAUAUUGUUCAUUAUAUGAUGAAGGAUAUACUUCUAUUGGUGGUAUUCAAGACACUUUUCGAAAUCCGGAAUUACAAUUAGAUCAUGAUAAAUUCAAACCAGCAUAUGAGUUAAUAGAUGGACAUAAAGAACGUUUAGGUCGAAAAUACCCAUUAAAAAAUUAUUAA